AUGACUUCUCCAAACCUAGCCAAACCACUCGAAGCAUUCGUAUCAUUUCCAUCACCUUACACCCAAUCCCUCUUGGUCCAGGCACUCGUAUCUGUCUUACCAUCAAUCAAGAUCUCCCUGGCGCCUUAUCCAGAGGAUCAACCUCCUGCAUUACAAUGGGCAGAUUACGAUCUACUCUCAUUCGACCUUCCUCAUUCCAACCCCACCAAAUACCUCAUUUCCUCAUAUGUAUAUCGUAAAGCCCUAAUACGUAAACAUCAAUUACAUUCUACCAUCCAAGCUUACUUGGCGAAAUGUCAACAUCGUAAUAUACGCAGUAUACUGUCGCCGGAGGAAGGGGGUGUACCGAAAGGGUGGAACGUGGAAUUACAAUUUCUGGAUGAACUGGAUGAACUUCUGUUGGAUGAUUUGUACGAUUUGAAUGGAGGGAUGCAAAGAAAUGAAGAGUUGCCUGAGGAAGAGAGGAGUUGGUAUAUCCUCAAACCUGGAUUUGCAGAUCGUGCGCAGGGUAUAAGGAUGUUUUCAACGGAAGAUGAAUUACGAGCAAUAUUCGAAGAGUUUGAACCUCCUUCUUCCGAUGAGGAAGAUUAUGAAGAUGAAGACGAAACUCGAGAAGAAGAAGAGGAAGAUGGACAGAUACCCCAAGACGGAGGAGUGGAUGAUAUGAUCGAUAUGUUAGCUAAGAAAGCUGUAGAGCUAGGAUUUGACGGUGAUGAAGAGGAUGAUAGACAUUUCGGUGCAGCAGCAGAUGAUGACGAGAAAGAAGAUGGUACAGGAGUGAUGACUUCUCAACUAAGACACUUUGUCAUACAGGAAUACACGCCUAAUCCCGUUCUGUUCGAUAUCGCACAACAGCCGAAUCUACCAUCGCCCUUCCUAGAAGGAUAUAAAUUCCACCUUAGAGCCUAUGUCCUCCUCACUUCAGCCUAUACUGUCCAUCUCUCCCGGACGAUGCUAGCUCUUUUCUCUGGAUCGCUCUAUACCCCUCCUAGAUCAUCAAAAGAAGGAGAAGAGUUGGACCUCAGACCACAUCUGACGAACACAUGCUUACAAACUGAUUCGUUCGGUGCGCCUGCUCCUCCUGAAGAAUUAGUCAAGCUAUUCUGGGAGUUAGAAGGUCUAGAUGCUCUAUCAUCAGUUAAAGAUGGGAAGUACGAAUCCAAAGGCAAAGUAAGCAAAGAAUGGUUAGAAGCUGUUUUCAACAAGUCUGGCGAGGUGAUCAGUGAAGCUGUUAAAGCUGGUGCGGAAUGUGGUAGUUUCGGAUUACAGUUUAUGCCCAAUGCUUUUGAGAUCUUUGGCGUAGAUCUCAUCUUAUCUUUCCCUCCUACUAACCCCUCUUCACCAAGUGAAUUGCCAAUACCUAAUGUGACUUUACUGGAAUUCAACGCUAGUCCAGAUUUCCACCAAUCUGGAAUACGACUCAAGAAAGAUUUGCUGGAGAUGUUUAAAGGUGUGAUUAGGAUUUCGAUCGCACCGUUCUUCAGACUGAACAUCAACGACGACGAUGAAGAAGAAGAAGAAGAAGAAAUUGAUGCGAAGCAGGAUCAGAUACAGAGGAAUGAGGAUUGGGAGGUUGGGGAGGAAAGAUGGGGUUGGAGGUUAAUUGGGAAAGGUGAAGUGAGAGGAUCAGGUUGGUAG